UCAGUCGUUUUGGAAAAUACAUAUAUUUUUGGGAUUUCAAUUCAAUUUUUCGCGUUACUUUAUAAUACUCGCCCUAUAGUAAGCAACGUUAAAUUGUCAGGAAAUGUUAUCAUAGCGUGCUGUUGACGCGGAAGUAAUGAGAAUUUUCAUUUUAUUGGUAUACAAAGUUUUUGCUCGUAUAUUGGACGUCUUGAACAAGUUUUUCAACGUGCCCAGACUUCGACACCUUCGCGAGGUCGUUGAUGUAAGUGCCGAGGACAUGAGUGGGGAAAACAAUUCUACUGCUGAAGCUCACGAUGGAUAUAGAUUUCGGCCUUUUGAAGUGAAGCAGAUCAAACAUAGAAGCAACACAAACACUGGACACGAAAAGUCCAAGCCGUACGCCAGAAGCGGUCACAGGAUCGUUUGUAGCGAUUCAGCGCUCUAUUGCUUUGGGGGAUUCAAUCCGAAUAUGGCAGUGGUUAACGAUGACGAUGAUGCUUCUUCGUUGUUUCAAGAGUUGUGGAAGUAUGAUUUAUUAAAAAAUGAAUGGACAUUAAUCAUGGAUCCCAGCAAUGACCUACCGCAGGAGCUAGCAUCUAACGCGAUGAUUUUGCACGGAGAUACAUUGAUACUCUUCGGAGGUACAGGUUUUCCGUUCGGUGUAAAUUGUUCGAAUCGAUUGUAUGUCUGUCAGCCCGCAAGGAAACCGAAGGAAAUGACUGAGAUAGCCGUCAAGGGUGAUCUCCCACCUGCACAGUAUGGUCAGACAAUUCUUUAUCAUGACGGUUUUCUCUACACCAUUGGAGGAACCGAGGGCUUUAACUACACCUGUGAUGUUUAUAGGUUGAAUGUUGCAUCUAAAACAUGGGAAUGUGCCUAUGCUUGUCGACAGGAUAUUGGUGAUGAUCCCCCUGGAAGGUAUCGGCACGAGCUUGCCUUCGACGGGGAAAGGAUUUACAUUAUUGGUGGAGGAACAAGCGAGUCGGCUUUCAGCUUAUCGUCCAUUCCGACGUAUCAUUUGAAAAGAAACGUGUGGACAUACACAGAAACUAAGCCCGACACCAAUUUGCCUCGCCCGGGUGUUCCGGCGGCUAGAAAGUGUCACUCUUGUGUUCAGUAUCAGACUGAUAACGGAAUGGAGGUUGUGGUUGCUGGCGGAUAUGAUGGUCGAUCAUAUUAUAAGGACAUUUGGAAAUUGAAUCUCUCCACAUUUGAGUGGCGCCUGAUGCAAAAGUCGGGGCUACCUUAUCCACUAUUCUUUCACGACGCAGCCGCUAGCAUUGCUGGGUGCAUGUACAUCUUUGGUGGCAUAAAAUUUAGCUUCAACAAUAACGUCCGAACCAAUGUUGUGUAUAAAACUUGGAUGACUAUUCCGAAACUAAGUGAAAUAUGCUGGGAAGCUCUGCAGCAUUACAGUCCCAGUAUCGUUCGAAAAUCGAAAAGUAGCUUACUGGAAGCGGGAAUUCCUCUAAAAUUCGUUCAAAGAAUCCAUGAAACGUAGCUCUUCGGCUCAUUGGUUGUUCGGGUUUUAAUGCUGUUGACAAAAACUUUUACUAUUUAUUCGGUAGUAAUUUCAUGAAUUUCAACAUACA